CCGUUAAUGAUGCGACUGAGGACCACUCGUACCAAUUGUCUUGGAGCGGUUAUGAUCACUUUAGCGGUUGUAAGGUUUCUUUCCAUGGUUAUGAUUCGGAUAAUCCAUUGGACCAGUAUGAAAUAUGCGUAAAGGCAACAACGUGGAAUAUUGUAGAUUCAGGAGUUACUCUGAAAUAUUACAGCGGAAGUCUUGCCACCUAUCUAGAAAAGACAUACUCUAGAAGUUAUGGUGAUCCAACAUAUAAAUGGUGUGCAGAUCAAGACGACUAUGUAGAUAUAAUGCUAACGACGUCUUCUUCAAGUUCAUAUCAAGGUCAGAUAACCUUAGAAGUUACUGCUGUAAAGACAUACUCUUAUUACAAUUAUGGAGGAACGAUUGGUGGCGCUGUUGGUGGAGUUAUCGUCAUUGUUGCUGUAUGUGUUGUCAUUGGAAUUGCUUGUAGAAGACGUUCAUAUGUAAGGACAACAACAUAUACAGCUCCAACUCCAGCUUCCACUGUUAUUACACAGUCUGGGUCUCAACAAAUGGGAGGAUACAGCAAUCCAGGAUACCCAUCAGGCCCAGUGGCUCCUCCUGCGUAUUACCCUCCAUCAAAUGCCGGUUACAAUGCUCCACAACAGGGAUACCAGAAUUCGCCGCAAUAUCCAACAACUGGUCAACAACCACCUCCUUAUCCAAGUACUACACCCCAACCUUAUACAUCAUGAAAACCAACAACAAAACACUGAUUAUCUUUUUACAUUAAGACUGUCAUAGAUUAAUAUUUUGCUUUUUAAAAACUGUAUCAAAUUAUAUUUGCAUUGAUUCUUAAGAGAACUUAAUUCAUAUUACAUGAACUGAUGAAUAAUAUAUACUCCGAGUAUUAUGA